GUCAAAUAGAAACCAAGGUUACUAGAUCGCGUGCUGUCAGUCUGCUGAAAGAAAAAAAAGAAAACACACAAUAAAGAAAACAACAAUCAUUUCCAGAGGCCCCCACCGACUAUUGGGCCGAUUGGUGGCAGUACAUUACAUCUCAACGCCGCGUCAUUUGUGUGUCGCAAGCAAAAUUAAUACUCAUGUAAACAUACGUACAAGAACGCUCUUUUUUACUAGGACCAUGCACUGCUAGGAAGCAUUCGCAAACGCGGGAAUAAUACAAUGGAAAGCGAAAAAUUAUUGAUGGCCGCUGGCGUGACAGCGGCAGUCGUUGUUGGUGCUUUUGUCUUUUGGGGUCCCUCGGGCUCAUCCAAGCUUCGGCAACGCCGUGGUCAGAUUGCGGGGUUGCAUAAUUUCGGCAAAACGUGCUUUCUCAACACGCUGCUGCAAGCGCUCGCUGCCUGCCCACAGUUUAUCGCCUGGCUGCAGCUGCACAACACCAAAGAUAAGAAGAGUCUAGUGUCGUCGCUGCAGAACGUGCUGGAGGUGGUGAACGGGACGCAUCCGACGUUGCGCGGCGAUCCGUACGCGCCCGGUGCCGUCAUCCGGGCAUUGCACGCAUUGGGCUGGGUAAUUUCGCCCGAGGAGCACGACGCACACGAACUGCUGCUGGUGAUGCUCAGCUCGCUCGAGGAGGAAGUUUCGAAACCGCGCAAAAUUGGUUGCCUGUCCGAUGCGCUAGACGAUGUGGCCGGUGGGUUUGGGGCUGGCGGUGGUGAGGUAGGCUUCCACGCCAUACCGGCACGCCCGUCCAGCGCAAUGCUGUCGGACUUUUGCAACGCGGAGUACGACGAAUCGACGAACCUGAUGCGUUACACACGCUCCGAAGCGCACACACCCGAUUCGCCACACUCGGUCUGUACGGAGAACGAGGAACAGUCGCAGGACUGUUCGCUGGUCGAGUUUGGUGCGUCACCGACGCAUGCGAUCAACGCAGCAUUCCCGAGCGUUUCCGGGCGACGGUUUGGUAGUCGGCAGCCGGUAGCAGUGAUGCGACCACAGCCGACACACGAUCCGGGUACUGCGGUUGGUGAUGUUGGGAACCAUUUUGCUGGCAAGCGUCAUUCGGCUUCGUAUCGUUCGCUCGAGCGAUUGAACCGUGGCCCCGGAAGGGUGUCCGUCUGGGGCGAUAAACAGCAGGCCCAGAUCCCGCACCCGUUCCGGGGUGGGAUGGGCAGUCAGCUGUGCUGUGGCGGCUGUGGCCACAAGUCAACGGUACGGUACGACAAGUUCGACAGCAUUACGUUGCCACUGCCAGAAACGGCUGCACCCGGGCUGGGUAUCGGCAACCUGCUGUCGGACUUUAUUCAGCCGGAAAUGCUAGAUGCGGUACAGUGUGAUGCUUGCCACGAAAUAACCACCCACACGAAGACACUCACGUUCAGCAAGCUUCCCGCCUGUCUGUGUAUUCACAUUGCCCGCACAACCUGGCACGCGAGUGGACACGUGCACAAGCGUCUGGAUAGUGUGCACUUUCCCGAGACGCUUUCGAUGGCACCGUACAGCUUUGUGCAACCGGGACUGAACAGUAACAUUAGCACACCGUGGGGAUCGACCACAUCACUUUAUUCGGCCGGUCUGAUGGCUAGCAUGGGACAGAACGAUCCGGUGGGCGGCAGUGGGCUGGAUGCGAUCGGUGGUAGUGGAGCCGCCAACAGCAGCGGCAUGGAACCAUCAUCCGGUUCGAUGAGCUUCGGUUCGUACACCUUCGGUGCAAUGUUUCCACGCAACCUUUACCGCCUGCUGGCGGUCAUUGUGCAUUCGGGCGAAGCAAAUGCGGGACACUUCGUAACGUACCGGCGUGGUGCACUGCGAAACUCCUACAAAUGGUAUUACACGUCGGACACCGUUGUGCGGGAGGUUCCUAUCGAGGAGGUGCUGAACAGUUCCGCCUACAUGCUUUUCUACGAUCGUGGCUCAUCGUCCAAAUAUCCGUAAGACGUACAAAACUUUCUUUCCCGCUCGCAGCUCGGCGCUUUCCGGUGCGCAAUUGUGAUGUACAGCACUUAAGUUAAGCAAUACACGGCACGCAAACGUUACUAUUUGGAUGGAUGUGCGAACUUCUAGAGGAAAGGAUUUUGAAUUUGCACAUUUAACGUCUUACUAUAACUCUUCUCUUGGAUGAUGGCCGAUAGCCAGCAAACGAAAUCUUCUAGCGUUAAUGGAGAAAAGGGACAAGAAAUAGGUGUCGAAAACACACAAAAAAAAAACCCCGAGCUGCAUUUGUUAUCGAUGUCUUUACGCUUUAGUGGUAGCAGAAUGGUAGGAUAACGUAAGGAUAUACGAACAGAGCUAAAACUAUAAACCAGUACAUUUUAGACUAACAAUAUGUCCCAAAGCAUCGUGACGGCGUUACGGACGAAACAGGAGCAAAAAUCCAAAUACACAUAUAUUGAUAGCCACUAACGAUUCAGUCAACCAUCGUUGUAAGUGUUACUAAUUUUAAGCGUGAAAACACAACUGCAAAUUAAGGUAUAAGGCGUUUUGUUUUGUAGUGUGAUAUGAGUUAAGCCAUGUACGAUAUGUUGCAUGCUUUAACAAUUGCAAUGCAAACACAGAUAGAUACAGUUUCCCCGGUUUUCGUUUUCUGACUACCAGAAAAAAAAUAUCCAAAAAUAUAUCCGUGCGCUUUCUCGUUGUGCAUAAUGCAAGUUUCUAGAUGUCUUUCCUUCGAUAGUUCUAGCCAAAUGUUGCUACGUGCUUAGGUUAUGUGCAUUUGCAAGUGCAUGAGCAAUCUUUACCUUGACUUUAGAACAGCUUAGCAAACAUGACUACCUUUGAUUAGCCGUAAAGAUAGGUUUUUGGGAAGGAAAAAGCUACCACCACUGGCUUUGCCAGAUGCUCGCAAUUGGUUACAUUUCAAAAUAGGCAAAACACCUCUUACUAGAUAAAUGUGUACUAUUUCCCGAAUUAAUCGUAGCAGUGUGAUCUGCCGAUGUUUAGAGAGUUUACUUCGCAAAGCAGAACGUUAAGCGUAUGAACAAUGAAAGAUGUAUUUUUUUGAAAUAAAUUCUUAAACCACAAUGGAA